CGACAGAGAGUAAAUAUUUUGCAAUCUGAUGGCAGAGGAGCCUCCCGCGGAAGCUGCAGGACAUGCACCUGCUCUUGACGUUCAAGCUGGUUUCGGAAUGUUCCACAUUAGAAUUAAAAUUGACAACCCCUGGUUAGCAGCAGGAUUCUUAGGCGCCGGCAUCCUAACGUUAAGAGCUUUUUAUAAUUCAAACCCUGAACCUGUUGAGACUGCAGUAAGAACUGCCUUGGCAGGUUUGGCGGAUAGAGUCCUAAAUAUUAGACCGGCCUCAAUUCUUGUCGAAUUCGUUUGUUAUACAAAAGACACGUUACUGGCAUUUAUGGAUGCUUUUGCGACAGGCAGAGUAAAGCAAAGAUUACAAGAGGAAUUUUUUAAAAUUGGAUUUAAAGACAAGUUGGAAGUAACCGUUACUGUGUACGACAUCGAGUCUGAGAUGAGAAAAGAAAUGUGGGAGACAUCCUCGGACUUUGGCGCGGCUUCUGAGUCUUCUGCAAUGUCUUCUGAUGUCGAAUCAAUGGAAUCAGGUUGUAUUACACUUUAUAAUUUUUAAUUGAAUUUAGCUGUAUUUGCUCCCUAAAAAAGCCAUUUAAAACAGACUGACGAGUAAUUGAUUACUAUGUCUCUGUCAUAGAAUGCUUUCAUCUACUAGAGACGUUUUUAAAAGAGUUUUUAAAACGAGUCAGAUGUCUUCACAUGCUUUGAGCUUAUCAAUCACACCAUGGCAAAGAACUUGAGGGACACCAGGCAAGCAGGAAAACUUGUUGCAGACCUUUCUCAUUUAGCCCAUUCUUAUGCCUCUUCAUACCGUCCAACGACUGCUGACCUCAAGAAACUCAGAGUUCUUAAGGAGCUAAAGAACAACAAAAACAUUGUCAUUUUACAACCAGACAAAGGGAAUGGUGUGGUCGUCUUGGACCGAACAG